ACGCUGCGCGCGUGGGCGGGCCCCCGCGCGCCGCCCUCCCCCCUCACCCGACCCUGGGGGCCGCCUCCGCCGCCCCCCCCCCUCCCCGGGGGGCUGGCGGGUGGGGGCGACGGCGCCGCCGCGGCAGUCCUGGGCCAGGGCGCGGAGGGUGCCGGCAUGGCGGCAGGGGGCGAGGCCAGCGGAGGCGGCGAUGCUGAGAGAAGAGAGGCCCUCAUGCAGAUGCUUCACGCCAACGGCAUCAAGGAGGAGGACACGCAGCGUCCCGAGCGGGUCACGGAGAUCGAGAUGGUGAUGGACGACUAUUGCUGCAUGAAGGCUCUCGGGUACUUCGUCAAUUUGAGGUCUGUGUGCCUGAUCCAGCAGGCGAUCACCAGGCUCGAGGGCGUAGAUGCGUGCCCCAACCUGGAGAGACUGCAGCUGAAUGAAAACCAGAUCGAGAGGAUAGAAGGUCUACAGAACUGCCGGCGCCUGAAGAAGUUAUAUCUGUGCACGAACUCGAUCGACGAGAUCGGCGAUGGGCUGAACGGCCUCGACCAGUUGGAGGUGCUGUGGAUUGCCGAGAACAGGCUCACCUCUCUUCUGGGCGUAGGAUCCGCCACGAGUCUCACUGAGCUGAACGCGGCAAGGAACGCGAUACGCUCCGUCAGCGGAGCGCUGAGCGGCAACGCCAAGCUCAAGACCCUGAACCUGGCGGACAACCGCGUCAGCUCCUUCCGGGAGGUGCCCAGACUCGCGAGGCUUGGGCGUUUGACGGACCUGGCGUUCCGGGACCCCGACUGGGGUGAGAACCCGAUUUGCGGGUUCUCCAACUACGCCACCUACACGCUCUACCACCUGCCGGGACUCACAGUGCACGACCGGAUGCGGGUGGGCCCCGAGGAGCACCAGGGCGCGGAGGCGGCCUUCUCCAAGAAGAGGCUCUACUACAGCAUGAGGAUUAAGCUCCUGAGGCGGCAGGCGUCAGACUGCCUGAGGAGGGCAAGGGCGCUGGAUGAGGAGCUUAGGCAGCAGCCGAUCGGAGAGAUGGAGAGCGCGGUGCUGGUGUUGAAGCGCCGAGACGCGCACACGCAGGCGGGACUUCUCAACCCUCCCAUGGCGCACGUGCCAGAGGCCGCCACGGCGGGGGAAGGCGCGGACCGUCAGCGCUGGGAGAGCGUGCUCCAGGGGGCCUUAGCAAAGCUGUCGGCCGGGGAGGCGGCCCUCGAAGCCUUGGCGAAGAACGUUGAGGACACGCAGAGGGCCCUGGUCCAGAGCCUCCUGCUCGAAUUGCAGACAGGGGGCAAUGUGCGCCUCGAGAACGGCAGCCGCCAGCGCGACGCUUGGGUCCAGAGCAUGGAGGAGCUCGUUCGCGCCCGGUUCCGCUCCGAGGACUUCGCUGGUUACGGCAUCUCGGACGUCAAGGUGCACUGCGUGGCGCGGGUGUACAACAGAAGCCUGCGCGUCCGCAUGGACGAGUUGUUCGCAGAGGCCGACGCCGAAGACGCCGAUCGGCAGCUGGACUACCUCUUCUACGUGCCGCCCCCGGGGUGCCCAGGCGAGUCCGCGAGCAGCGCGCUGGCACACCUGCACGCCGUCGCUGAGGAGGGCCUGGAGGCCGCGGAGCGCGGCCCGGCCCUCCUGACGAGCUCGCUGCUCGAGGCGGCCCAGCUGGAGGCCCGCUGCGCCACGCGCUCGGCGGCCACGCCGGGCUGCGGCGCCGCGGGCGCCGCGGUGCCCUCCAGCUGCACGAUGCUGGUCUGCAGCGCCUGCGUGGCAGAGCAGCAGGCCGUCUCGGGGGGCGCGGGGGCCUCCAAGAGCGUCCGCGUGUCGCGCGCGGACGCCGUGAUGCCGGAGUUCUUGGUCGACCUGGACUUCCACAUGGCGUCGGCCGCGGCCCCAGAGAGGGAGCCCUGCUUCGGCCCGUUCGCGGGCCUCCUCAGGGACUACGCGUUCCUCGUGGGGGUUGGUGCGCAUGCGGGGCAGGCAGAGCCUGGCGCCAGGGAUGAGGAUGCUGUGCCUCCGAGGCCGGACAGGAUCGAGAGCUUGGACGGCACGAGCCUCCUCUCAAGCGGGGGGGCCCUGCCUCCGGACCUUGACGCGCACACCCUCGGCAGAAUACAGGUUCUGGACCUCCACGGGCGAGGCAUACGCCGGAUCGCGCGCGGCGUGCUGGGGCCGCUGGGCAGUCUCCGGACGCUGCUGCUGGCCUUCAAUUCGUUGGAGACACUGAUCGGCGUGGAGAGCCAGACGGUCACACAGCUGGACGUGUCCUUCAACCUGAUCCAGAGCGUCAGCGCUCUGCCUGGUCUCCCAGGCCUGCUGCAGCUCGACCUGAGCUGGAACUCGCUGCUGUCCACGGACGUGGUCGGAGUCCUCGCCAGGGAUGCCCCCGCUCUGGAGGCGCUGGGGCUGGCGGGGAACCCGGUGCUGAAGGCGCCUGGCAUUCGCGCCAUGAUCCUGGAGCAGCUGGGCUGCCUGGCCUUCCUGGACCAGCAGCCGGUCUCCGAGGAGGCGGCGCCCGCCGCGCGCGGGCCGCGGGAUCCCGCAGGGGUGCCGUCGGAGGCGACCCUGGCGGAGCGCUGCUUCACGCUGUCGCCGGGCGAGGCGCCCGGGGGGCCUCCCCCGCGGCUGCCGCUGGCGUUCCCGAUGACGACCUCGUUCGGGGAGGACUGCAGCCGGGUGCUGCCGCUGCUGGCGGUGGAGGGGGACCAGCAGGGCCCGCUCACCUGGGCCAGUUGGCGGCAGCACGUCGACUACAUGGAUUUGAGAGGCCUCGGCGUCACCGCAAUGCCCCGCGACCUGGCCGCGUUCGGCCGGCUCCGGUGCCUGGACAUCAGCGACAGCGGGCUCGGCACACUAGAGUGCCUGGCCCCCCUGCGGUGGCUGGAGGAGCUGACAGCGGAGAGGGCCAUGCUCACUUCCGCGAAGGGUGCCAGCGAGCUCGGCCAACUGAGGAAGCUGGAUCUGGCGUCGAACCAGAUCGGAGAGGUCAUGGAGCUGCAGCCCCUCCAGCACCUGUCCCAGCUCUCCCUGGAGGACAACAGCGUGGACUCCCUGGACACGUUCGCCUCGCUGGCCGGGGUGUCGGAGCUGUACCUGAGCAACAACUUGAUCGAGGAGCCGCGGGCCGUGCUCCUGCUGAAGCAGGUCCCGACGCUCAUCGUCCUGGACCUCGCAGGCAACGAGCUCUGCAGCGCCCCAGACUACAGGUGCUACACGCUCUUCCACCUGCGGAAGGUGAAGGUCCUGGACGGCGUCCCCGUGACCCCCGCCGAGCUGGCGGAGGCCGAGGACCAGUUCAGCGGGAGGGUCACGAUGGAGUUCUUGGAGGACAGGCUGGGCCCCACGGCGUCGUGCUACAACCUCCGCGCCGUGGACCUGUCGAACUGCCGCCUGCGGGAGCUGAGCCUCCUCGGCGACGAGCUGUUCCCAGCGCUCCGUGAGCUGAAUCUGGACGGCAACCCUUUCUCGGACCUCAGGCCGGUUGGGCCGCUGAGCAAGCUCCUCGUGCUGAGAGCGAACAGGACGAAGCUCGACCUCGGGAAGGCGUCCGCCAGCGGUGACGGCCCGGUCGGCGGGGUCGCCUCCUUCCCGCACCUGCAGGUGCUCCAGGCGGGCUCCUGCGGGAUCAGCGACCUGGCGCCGCUGGCCAAGCUGCCCCUGCGGUCCCUCCGCAUGCUGCACUUGCCUGGCAACGAGAUCGUCCGCGUCGAGGGCCUCUCGGCGCUGGAGCAGCUGCGCGAGCUGGUUCUCGACGGCAACAAGAUCAGGCAGUUCGACGAGCAGUCCUUCGAGGGCCUCAAGGCGCUGCGGGAGCUGCGGGCGGAGAACAACGGGCUGAAGAGCCUGAACAACCUGGGCCCCCUCGAGCGCCUGCGGGCGCUCUACCUCGGCACGAACCGCGUCGCCGAGCUAGGCGAGCUGGAAAAGCUGAGCGACCUCCGGCACCUCUUGAUGGUGCAGCUGGCCCAGAACCCGGUGUCCCGGAAGCCGCUGUACAGGUCGCACGUCAUCUGCGCGCUCGGCUCGGUGCGCGCCGUCGACGGGAAGGAGGUGACCGAGGAGGAGCGCGAGAGGGCCGAGUACGUCCUUCAGAUGGGGGACGCGAGCAAGCAUCCGGGGGUGGUGAAGCCGAGGGGGCCUCAGGGUGAGCCCCCCCAAGUUCCAAGGCUGCCCCCGUCUCCACACCACCAGAGGGCCGGCGCGGGUGCUGUGUCAGGUCCACGCGUGCGCGGCCUCUGGACCCGUACCGCGCGCGCGCGCGGUUUUGUUGCGCGAGCGGUGACCGUUUACCAGCCUCGAACGUAUCCUUAUCCCUG